CUGUACAGAGGGUUAUCCAAAUUCUCCUAGUUGUAAAGUACUGGGAUCCAUCAUCUACACAGGGUCAUCAGUCUAACACAUCGCAGAAGGAGUUAGGGGGGCAUGGAGUCAUUUCUGUCCAGACCAUGGACACCACAUCCCACAAACACCUGAAUGAGCUGGACUUGGUGCUGAAAGAAGAAGGUCUCAUACCUGUGCCAGGGUCCACCGGGAAGGAAAUCAAGAAAGACGAACUGUUCAAGAAACUGGACUCUACCGAAGAAAACAUCACAAAGGAGAAGAAAGAGAAAAGUUCUGUAGUGACGGGACAGCUUCCAGUUGAUAAAUUCCCUGGUGACAUUGUAGACCUUACCAAAAACCUCAUAAUCCCCAAAACAAGCCCAUUGCCAACUCCCAUGAUGAAUGUGUCCUCUAACUUACUGACACGUACUGCAGAAACGGUAGUACCAAGACUAGAGACAAGUACAACAAUGCAACCUACCUCAUCCAAAGAUGACUACCCAAUAGGGGGAUCAGGAGACACUGGAGUUAUACAGGUGACUUAUCCUUCAAGUGGAAAGAUAAAGAAGACAGCCGUCCGGGGGUAUCCAGGACCACGUGGUCCUCCUGGCUGUCCUGGUCGGCCCGGAUUUCGUGGCCCUAAAGGAGAAAAGGGGUAUCCUGGUGUUAUGGGACGUAUGGGGAUGGGAGGGAAUCCCGGCCCCCGUGGACCACCGGGAUUACCCUCCAUAAUGAUAUGGAGCAACUCCCCUGAGGACUGGGCAGCAUUCUUUCAAACGUCAUUCUAUCAGCUCCUGCAUGCCGGCUGGCCUAGAAGUCGUGGUCCUCCAGGUCUCCCUGGUAUACAUGGAAGGCCAGGCACUCCGGGUAUGACUGGAUCCCCGGCUUGGCCAGGAGUGAAGGGGCAGCGUGGGGAUAUGGGGAUGCCAGGCCCUCCAGGGAUGCAAGGAAUAGCUGGUACUCCUGGACGGGAUGGAGAUAACGGGCUAGAUGGGAAACCAGGAGCUCACGGAAUACCAGGACCAAAGGGAGUCCAAGGCUUUAAAGGAGAUCCAGGUCUUCCAGGAGACAGAGGAGAAGAAGGUUUUCUUGGAGCUCCUGGAUCCAACGGGGAAAAAGGUAUCAAAGGAAUAAAGGGUAGAAAAGGGGACCCCGGACCCCCAGGGCUGAUAGGGGUGCAGGGUCCCAUGGGACAAAAAGGACCCCAGGGUGACCAAGGAAUUCCAGGAGUAAUGGGAGAAGUCGGUCUUCCUGGGCCCCAGGGCCCCCCUGGUCCAGAGGGUGAACAAGGACAACCAGGAUGCCCAGGUCCCCAGGGCAUAAAUGGGUCUCAGGGAGAUCAAGGACCUGCAGGAGUUGGUGGUCACCCUGGACCUCAGGGCCCUCCUGGGUUGGAAGGACUAUGUGGACCACCGGGCCAUAGAGGACCACAGGGCAUGAAAGGCGAUGAAGGACCACCAGGUCAGAAAGGAGACGCGGGAGAAGCAGGGUUCCCAGGUUUGCGUGGGGAACGAGGACCAGAAGGACCUAUGGGAUUAAUUGGAUGGCCUGGAAUGACUGGGCUGCCAGGAGACAAGGGCCAGCCUGCUGCAGAAGGAGAGAAAGGAGAUCCAGGAAUCCAAGGAGACAAGGGAUCUUCUGGACCACCAGGCUCAAAAGGUCCUCCUGGGGAACAAGGACAACCUGGACUUACAGGCUUCCCAGGACCUAAGGGACUUAUGGGCACAUCUGGAGCAUUGGGUGAUGAAGGACAAGUAGGACCUCCUGGUGAAAAUGGUAGUGAUGGACCAAAGGGAAACCGUGGACCAGAUGGACCAAAGGGAAUGACAGGACCAAGAGGAAACAGGGGACGUACGGGACAGAGAGGUCUUGUCGGAUUACCAGGACCUCCAGGUCAUCGGGGUCUUCCAGGUCGAGGGGGCGCAGAAGGACUGCCUGGUAUACAGGGAACGCCAGGUGCAGCAGGGGCUCCUGAGAGCCGGGGCCCCCCAGGCAUAGCAGGACAUCGUGGGGAGAUAGGCAGAGAUGGACAUCCAGGCCCGCCAGGUGUUCCUGGUAGGCCAGGGCCAGAUGGGGAGCCGGGACCUAUGGGAGAAAGGGGAUUUACAGGAAAACAAGGUCCUGAAGGACCCCAAGGACCUGUGGGCAUGUAUGGUUUUCCAGGCCCUUCUGGUCAAAGGGGUCGAACAGGAUACCCUGGUGAAAAGGGGGAGAUUGGCCCGUCUGGAAUGCCAGGACCUCCAGGAAAAGUUGGCUCAAAGGGACCACUUGGUUCUCAAGGAGAAAGAGGACCUACUGGGCCACCGGGUCGUAUGGGUGAGACAGGUGACAAGGGCCUACCCGGAACACCAGGUCCACCUGGUAAUCCAGGAUCUGAUGGGGAGAUUGGGAAGACUGGGCCUCCAGGAGAACCUGGCCCCCGUGGAACUGAAGGCGCUGUUGGACCUAUAGGAUAUACAGGUCGAGAUGGACCUGCUGGGGUUGAGGGCCCUCCUGGUGAGAAAGGAGAGAAGGGCUUGGUUGGACCAAUUGGAGGCCAAGGGGUCAGUGGGCUGGAUGGGGAGCAGGGUGCGCCAGGUUCUACCGGAACUGAAGGUCCAGUGGGAAGGAAAGGAGAACAGGGUGACGCUGGUCCUCCAGGAAGCAUAGGGCCAGUUGGACCUAUUGGUGAGCCAGGAGAAAGAGGUCAACCAGGUCUGACGGGUCCUCCAGGAGUGCCAGGAAAGGAGGGAGAUGUAGGUGAAAUUGGAGAUAUUGGAGAUCCUGGCCCCCUUGGAGAAAAGGGAGAAUUAGGACCGUAUGGUAGUAGUGGAAAUCCUGGGCCAAGUGGCAUUAUGGGAGAAAGGGGAGCUCGAGGCCCAAAGGGUGAGAAGGGGCUGAUCGGACAUCCGGGUCAACCAGGAUUGAUGGGAGUACCUGGACCUCAUGGACCUAUUGGAGAAAUGGGACCACCUGGGAAACUGGGAAGCUUGGGACAAGAUGGGCCACGAGGAAUAAAGGGUGAUAUAGGCCAUCCAGGUAUAACUGGCGACCCUGGACCGCAAGGAGGACCGGGACCCCAUGGAACAAAAGGAGAAAAGGGUGACCAGGGCCACAGUGGAAACCCGGGUCCAGCAGGUCCACCUGGAAAUAAAGGUCUACUAGGUUCCCAAGGGAUCACAGGACUUGAAGGCCAAAAGGGUGACACAGGAACAGAGGGUAUUCCUGGAGUUCAGGGACCACUAGGAGCUAGCGGUGAGACUGGAGCAACAGGAGCCCCUGGCAGAGAGGGUGCACCUGGUGAAAAGGGACAACCUGGGAAACUAGGGGAACCUGGACAAGUGGGACCCCCUGGAAACCCUGGCCAUGAAGGAAGACCUGGACAGAAGGGCGUGAAGGGUGACGGGGGGAAAAAUGGACGUCCUGGCACUCCUGGAAGUCCUGGCAGGAAGGGUAAAAGAGGGAAAGCAGGUCCAAGACCAACACGGGGAGCUCAUGGUCUCAAGGGUGCAAAGGGACGACGAGGACCUGAGGGCCCCCCAGGACCAAGAGGACCAUAUGGUAUUCCUGGACUUAGGGGGCAGAAAGGAAUUCCAGGUCCCAAAGGGCUGAAGGGUGAAGUGGGCAUGGAUGGACCAUUAGGACCAAAAGGAGAAGAUGGACUGAAGGGAAAACAAGGUCCCAUGGGGAAUACUGGUGCUCCGGGGGAGAAAGGAGAUGAGGGAGUAAUUGGGCCUCCUGGGCCUCGAGGUGUUCCUGGGCCUCAGGGUCCACCGGGACCAGAGGGGAUGCAGGGCCCAAAAGGUUUCCAGGGAGAACAAGGACCACCAGGCCCUCCAGGAACACCAGGUCCACCGGGUGUGCCUGGACCUCCGGGACCUUCUCUGAGCAAAAGUGCUCAGAGUCUAAGGCGUCUUCUCCCCAACUCUGGAGUCUGGAAUGACUUAGUCCCAUUGGAUCUCAUUCAUCGUCUGGAAGAAGACUUGAAGCUCUUGUCUGCUCCACCAAAUGGGACCAAGGAAAAUCCUGCAAGCACCUGCAAAGAGCUGCACCUUGUCCAUCCUGAACUGCCGGACGGUUAUUACUAUAUUGAUCCAAACCAAGGAAGUCCCCAGGACUCUUUUCUAGUAUACUGCAAUUUUACGGCUGCAGGAGAAACCUGUGUACCUGCACAACAGAGCCAAAUCCCAGUGAAGCCAUGGCUGCAGAGUUACCAGUCACAGCACGGAUUCCAGUGGGUCAGCUCUCUUCCUGGGGGGUUCUCUUUUAUGUACAGCGAGCUCAAUGUGGUUCAGCUGCGCUUCCUUAGGCUGCAGAGUCUGCGCGUACGUCAGCAGUUGAGAUACAUAUGCGUGGCCCAGCCUGAACGUCCUGCCGCGGACAAGAAUGUCAAAUUUCUGGCUGACACAAGGGACCAAAGCUUCUUGGUGACACUACAGGGAUGUGAGGGUGGAGAAUCAUUUAACAGAACAGAGACCCUCCUCCAUUUUGAACCCACGGACCUCUCUCUACUUCCAGUUCGGGACUUGGCCCUAUUUCAUGACGGGGACGAAGACCACCUCUAUGGCUUCUUUCUGGGCCCGGUGUGCUUCAGCUGAGGAUCAGUAUUCUCCCUUUUGAACUUUGACAACCCACCCCCAGGUCGAGGGUGGAAGCCCUUACAUUAUUUAUACAGGAAGAUUUUAGAUGGGCCUCUUACCCCUCUCUCAGGAAGGGAGACUAAUAUUGGUUUACAGUGGAACUCUUGGUGCUCUGAAGUCUAAACCUUCACCCAAAUCUCCUGGCGAGAUCCAUACACACCUCAAGACUUCCACCUCACCGAACACACCAGGACUUAUGUUCUCAGGGGAGAAGUCUAACCUCUUAAUGCACUUAUUUAUCAACUUUAUUUGGUGUCCUGUGGAGAAUUGGUGCUUUAUAUGUUGUUUCUUUUAAUUUGUAGAAGGACGUGUAUAUAACUAGUGAUUGGAUUGUGCCGGUUCACCCAUUACCAUUUGCCAACCAGUCUUGACAACUCGGUCUUCCAUAGGGAAUGAGAUUAAUCCCCUGUAAUGUCCUAUGAUCAAGAAUUCAGGGUCAUAUAUUUCUAGCUUACAGUGCACAUUAUAGACAUUGAUAUGAAGCAGAAAACUGUCUCAGGUGGGAUCAUGUCCGUGGGGUGAACGAAAACCUCCUGGUAUUCAUUUGAGAGGUGUGGAACCAAUGAAAAAAAUGAUUUAUUAUGACAUAUAGAAGACUCUCCGCAAGAAAGUCUGGAGAAUAAUAUGUGCCAUGUGUCAAGAUAAUAUGUGCAGACCCCAUGGAUGCUAUGGGACACAGAAAGAGUAGCCCAGAUCUGGUUGAAACCUCCUCUUCCUAUGGGUGAUUUGCCUGCAGCGUUUUGCUGUCCGCUUGACGAAACUGAGCCAAACGGAUCCGUCCUGGCACACAAUGUAAGUCAAUGGGGACGGAUCCUUUUUC